GCUGACGGGGGCCAUGUCUGCAUUGCCAGCUGUCUAGAUGCAAAGCAGCUAACCGGUUAGCUGCCUGAGCUACAUUUGCCUCUACAUUUCGGGGUAUAAUCAACGAAACACCCCUCCACCCCGUUAACAACGGCGUAUCGGGAGGUCGCAAUGCCGGUUCACUCCCGGGAGAAGAAAGAAAGCAACCACGAAGAAAUGGAGGUGGAUUAUCCCGAGCAGGACGGCAGCAGCACAGACGAGGAGGACACCGUCAGCUCGUCCGUGUCUGAAGAUGGGGACAGCUCCGAGAUGGAUGAUGAGGACUGUGAGAGGAGGAGGAUGGAGUGUCUGGAUGAGAUGACCACCCUGGAGAAGCAGUUCACGGACUUGAAGGAGCAAUUGUAUAAAGAGCGUCUGAGCCAGGUGGACAUCAAGCUGCAGGAGGUGAUGGCCGGCUGUGCCCAAGAGUACCUGGAGCCUUUAGCCAACCUGCAGGAGAACAUGCAGAUCAGGACCAAAGUUGCUGGAAUCUACAGGGAGCUGUGUUUGGAGUCGGUGAAGAACAAGUAUGAGUGUGAGAUCCAGGCUGCCUGUCAACACUGGGAGAGUGAGAAGUUGCUGCUGUUUGACACCGUGCAGAGUGAACUGGAGGAGAAAAUAAGAAGACUGGAGGAAGACAGACACAGUAUUGACAUCACCUCAGAGUUGUGGAAUGACGGGUUGCACUCGCGGAAAAACAAAAAGAAAGACCCGUUCUGCCCCGUCAAGAAGAAGAAGCCGGUUGUCGUUUCUGGGCCUUAUAUCGUUUACAUGCUGCAAGAUCUUGAUAUUCUUGAAGACUGGACUGCAAUAAGAAAGGCGAUGGCGUCUCUUGGGCCACACAGGGUGAAGGUGGAUGCUCCCGCAGUCAAACCUGACAGACAUCACCAUGUGGCUCGCUCUGAGGACGGUCGACUUUUCUAUGACAACCAGUGGUACUGCAGAGGACAGGCCAUCUGCAUCAACAGGAAAGAUGAGUACCCAACUAGUGCCAUCAUCACCACCGUGAACAACGAUGAGGUGUGGUUCAAACGUCUGGACGGCACCAAGUCAAAGCUGUACAUCUCCCAGCUGCAGAAAGGCAAAUACACAAUCAAGCACUCGUAAAAAAAAAAAAAAAACUUCACGCAGACACAAACAGAAAAACAACCCUCAUCUCUGCUGUGUUUCAAUUUGUCUACUGUCAUUGUGAUAUCCUUCAACCUACUUGCCAUAUGUACAGCCACACACACACAGAGAGAGGGGAAUUGAGGAGUGUUUAUAGUUACUAAAACAAACUAUCGACUGACCCUUGUAGUCUAAGGGAAUGAUCAUCUGUAAAUAUGUAUGUAUGUUGAUAUUCUUGACAAGGUCACAAAGUGUCAUUUUCUCUGGACCGGAGAUCAAUGCAAAGUGCUGCUAAAGAAAUCAAGGGGCGAAGAAAUGGAGCCGUAUCGAACUUUGAACAGUGGAGAUGAGUUGCGUGCCUUUUUGAGAUAAGAUGAAGCCUCUGCUGAUGGAGACGAGCGAGAGAGAAAAAAGAAAGAAUGAUAACGGUAAACUAUUAUUAUCAAUGCAGUGAAGCCUUACUCUGUACUGUGUUAGCUCUAAGAGGACUGAAGCGGGUCAUUGAACAAGUGAGCGAGAGACCCUGAUCCAGGUGAGGAUGCUGUCAGCUGUGUGUUUGAUUUUGCUCUCCAGCCGCAUCAGUGAGAUUUGAAUUUCAUGCUCCAUAGAGCCUAUUUAAUCCGUAUCAGGAUCCCCAGCGACCCCAGUUAGAGGGAAAAACGUUUGAUUUAGUUGAAACAAAUUGCACAAGUGUCGAUACAGGGAUGCUGAAUGAUUAAUCAAUUUAGCAAACGUGGUUAUGUUGUGAACAUAGAAAGAUAGAAAUAGUCUUCCCUUUUCUUGAAGCCCAACUCGAGGUGCCACUUGACUAAAUGAGCUCUUCAUUUUUAAAUGUAAUUUUCACAGCUUUAUGUUUGAAGUUCAAACUAAGGCCAGCUUUGGGCACUAAGCAUUAGAAACUUGGAGACUGUGUUUAAGGAAUACAGUGAAAGGAGGUGCCCUGUAUAUAGAAUUUGUGUUUCGUCACUGUGAUUCUUUCUCUUCCUCCGAUCAUGUUGCCAUGUUUCUGCGAGUGCCUGAAUGUAAAAAUGUACAGGCGGAUCCAGACAUAACUUACUCUACUCCACAGUUGUGUUGGCUGCAUCAUUGCCUGUGGUGAGGGUCCUAUAACAGCCUAAGAGUUGUUAUUCAUGGUGCCAUUUUUAUUUGUAUUUCUGUCUAAAUUAAGCCUAUUUUGAGUGUUGACGUCCAGUGUUAAUGUUAGCAAGUAUCUUUUGUCACUUUUCCUUUUUGUUUGUUUGUGUCCUCCCCCCUCAUAGCUGUCUCUUCUGUUCCCUAUUCUCCUUUCGCUGCCUCUUAAGUGUUCCUCAACAAUGACAUACAAACAGUAAAUUUAAGGAUUUUUUUGUUGUGUGUACAAUCCAUCCAAUCGAACUCUCCGUCUCUCUAUUUUGUACUCGUUUCAAUGCAGAGAUUUUGUUUUGUGUUGUAUUUACGGUGCUGAAUAUUUUUUUUAUCAUUGCAUACAUACUUGAGAUAUUACCUGCCAAUAGUAUUGUAAAAUAAGAAAAAGAGGGCGGGGGGUGCAACACAAAAAUCAUAAACAUGAAGUGUGUGUUAAGCCUGAUGUGGCGCUCACUGAGUAUAACGUCGUAGUUUGUUGCAAGUUUAGUUUUUUUUGUUUCUGCUACAUUUCUACCUUUUUAUGCACUAUGGUACCUUUUUCCAUAUUACAGGUAAAAGGAAAAUCAUGUGACAUUGUGCCAAUGCAUGCAGAGCUGAUGAUAUAUAUUGUUUGUAUCAUUUGAAGGGAUUCAAACCUGCACAUAAACAAUUCUUUAUCCUUUA